AUGGCCACUUAUCUUGUAUUCGUGAUUGCUUUUAGUGUAAUGGUUUGCAACAAUGUUGGUCUUGUUGGAUGCGUCGAUCAAUGUUCGACCCAUGCAGAUUGCGAAGGCAAUGUUUGGACUAAGCAUUGCUGUCGUGGAUACCUUAGUUUCAGAAGCAAAGAUUGGACUUGCGCGUUUGGAUCGUGUUUGUAUCGAUAUUGCUCAAGGGACAGUGAUUGUGGCGACCCGUCAAUCUGUUGCCGCUCUAACAAAUGUGUCAACAAGGGUUGUUCGGGAUGUAUCACAGAUACAGAUUGUUAUAGAACCCAUGUCUGUUGCAAGAAGACGUUUCCUUUGGACCAAACCGUUUGCGCAGCCAAUUGUAUCAGCCAAACUUGUAAUUCCAACGAUGACUGUGCUAGUGGUCUGAGCGAGUGUUGUCGAUCGGGAAAGUGUGUUAAAACAGGCUGUUACGAUAAGUGUACAUCGAAUUCUGAGUGCAAUUUGGAUCAAUAUUGUUGCAAGAAGAAGUAUUCCUUUUGGGAAGACAGUUGUGCCAAAAGUUGUGUGGGCGAGAUCUGUCGGAUUGACGACGACUGCGGGGCUCCAAAUGAGUGUUGCGUUUCUAACAAAUGUGUUGAUCGUGGUUGCUCUGGAUGUACCACAAACGCAAACUGCAGUACCGGACAUUACUGUUGUAAGAAAAGACAGUGGUAUGUUGGUGAAUUUAGUGAGUGUAGUGAACAUUGUGUUGGGAAAUCUUGUAGUACAAGCGAUGAUUGUGGUGGCCCGGGCGAGACUUGCGACUCUGAGCAUAGAUGCGCAGUUAACCAAGAAAGCAACACUGCCUCGAAAUCUCUACCUCCAUGGUUGAUUGCUGUUAUUACUGUAAGUCUAGUCGUAUUUCUUAUUGCUGUUGGACUACUACUAGCCGUGUUUUGGCAUGUGAAAAGGAAACCACAAGUAAAUACAAUUAAUGCGGGAACUAUGCCUAUACAGAACACUCAUCAAGGGGCAGAAAUACAGAAUCAACCAAACGCCCAGUUUUCGCAUCUUAACAAUCCAACUGCAUUUGAAAUUCAACUUCAGCAUGGCAACAACAACGUGGCUCGUCAAUCCCACAAUCCUCAAAGAUUUCAUAAUGCCGCACAGGGUACCCCAAACCGAGAUCCUCUAUUCCAAAAUCCAACAAAAAAUCUACAAAAUGUACAAGGAAACGAAAAUCACGGAUUUCAUAUGAAUCCUUCUCCAAAUUACGAUGACCAAAGACACCACACUGCUAUGUCUUCAUUUCCUGCACAAAGUAACAACGAAGUAACUCUGGAAGCGACAAAAGAUACCCAAUAUCAAGACAGCAGUGGCCAGCAAAUGAAGAAUGCCCCGCACCAAGGUAACGAUUACGUUCAUAAUCCUUUACAUAACCCGCAAUAUCAAGGCGAUCUAUAUCAAGAAACCCACCUGUGA